UUUUACUGCUGAUUCUUUUGGCUGUACCUUGGUCCUUUGAGGCCACCCCCAAGCUUAAGCCAACCAAGGCUGCCAUUAUAGACUUGAAGAACAAAACUGAAGUAGUACCGUCAAGUAGCAUGUCCACUGCCAAUGUCACAGCCGUGCACGUUGGCAGAAGUCCACAUUGAUCAGCACAAAACCAUUCGCAUUAGCAAAGGAGAUCUGGAUGAUCUAUUGGACGUUUAUAUGGGUAAAAUAGCAGAGAGUGCAGCCACUAUCAAAGACAGAGGAAAUGAAAUAAACAAGCUUCAAACCAAGGAACACACUGACGACGAUCUACUGAAGAGAUUUGAGAAUCUCACAGAAUAUACAGCCAAACUGAAGGAAAAGGCGGAUCAAAUCAAGGAACUCGAGCAGAAGGUCAAGGUCUACGAGACCAGAUUGAAGAGGAAACAGCACGUGUUGAGUGAUUUAAGAAAACAGAACACCUCCAGUGCGGCAUUGAUCGAUCAUCUGAGAGCCAAAGUCGUAUAUUUUGAAGGGUUCCUGCCCUUUCUGGUGUCCUGUGAGGGUCUCACGGCCGCCGGUCCUGGAUGGAUGGCUAUUCACCGUCGACUGGAUGGCUCUGUGAACUUCUAUCGCAACUGGGAUCAGUACAGGAAGGGGUUUGGCAAGCUCAACGGGGAGUUCUUUAUUGGCCUCAAAAAACUGCACCGCCUGACCAGCUCCCAGCCUCAUGAGCUCUACAUAAGCUCGGGUAUUAUCAAGGAAAUUCCAGCGACGCGUUACGCACCCAUGACAAGAUGA